AUGGCCAGGUGUGGAAUCAAUGCAACAGGAAGCCCACGACCGUCAGUAGUGUGGUACAAGGCCACACAACUUCUGGACAGCUACAUGGAGUCCCAGGCUUCAGGAAACACCACGGAAGAAGCCCAUUCAGUAGAGGGUUUCACUACGCUCGAGCCGGGGCCUAAGGAGCAAGAGGAGGAGCCAAUCACAGCUUACCAAGGUGAACCUUUCAAUACGCUCACUCUAGGGCCCCUGAGCCGAGGCGACUUGCAGCUGUUGUUGACAUGUGAAGCUUUCAAUAACAACAUUACCUCAGCUGCCUCCGUCAGCGUCUCUGUCGAUAUGAACCUGUCCCCCCUUAGUGUGGAGAUCCGCCCCCCUGAAGAGGACCCCCUGACAGCUGGAGUGGAGUACAGGGUGGCGUGUGUGGUGGUGGGCGCCCGACCCUCACCUGCUCUCACCUGGUGGAUUAAUCAGCACCAGCUUCUUCAGGCCGAGGUCACGACCUCAGCAGAUGGCAACGUAACCACCAGUACAGUGUUACUCAACCCACGACCUGAGGACCAUGGUUCGAUUCUCCGCUGUGUGGUCGGCCUGCCAGCCAUCCUUGAGGACUCCUAUAACCUUACUGUAAACUACAUACCGAAGGCGACGUGCAGCUUCGGGUCAUCACUGAACUCUGGGAACAUCAAGGAGGGAGAUGACGUGUACUUUGAGUGUACUAUUGAGGCCAACCCCAGAGUCACACAUGUUUCCUGGCGACAUAAUGAUGCGGAGCUGGUGCACAAUGUAUCAGCUGGGAUCAUCAUCAGUAAUCAGAGCUUGGUGCUGCAGAAGGUCUACAGGGCCCAGGCGGGGAGGUACUCUUGCCACGCCCAUAACCUAGUUGGUGAUGGCGCCUCUAACUCUCUGAGACUCGACGUUAAGUACGCCCCCGUGUGCUCACUUGGUCAGGUCACUACCUACGCUGUGGGUCGCUAUGAGGACGCUGAGGUGACCUGUUCCGUGGAUGCCAACCCCGUGCAGGAGUCCUUCCAGUGGACGUUCAACAACACGGCGGACACCAUCGACGUGCCUCAGGGUCGCUUCACCUCCACCAAGAGCCACAGCGUCAUCACCUACACUCCCAUGACCUCCCUCGACUACGGGACGCUCCUCUGCUGGGCUACCAACGCCAUCGGUAGCCAGAGGGACCCCUGCGUCUUCCAUAUUGUUCCUGCAGGUAAGCCAGACUCCCCCAGCAACUGCACGGUGGGCCUAGGUACGUCCACCUCCGUCAAGCUAAAGUGUGUGGCCGGGGGAAGCGGAGGACUACCGCAGCAUUUCCACCUCCAAGCCAGCCUCCACCAGGGUCAGCACACCUUCAACUUCACCUCCCACGCCCUCCCAGUGUUCCAGGUGAGUGUAUGAGCCUCCCACGCCUUCAACCUCACCUCCCAUCAUUGUAGAGAAACACAGCAAUAUAAA